AUGUUAUCAACCAGCUUGUAUAAUAUUUCAAAGAGUUACAAAGAAUUGCAAAAGGAUGAAACAAAACAGUAUAUAUUGAGGUGCUUUAUGUAUGCCAUUAAGGGAGGUGACAAUGAAGAUGACAUUAAGAUGGGGCUGCAAAGAAUUGUACCACAUAUUUUUGGAUCACAUGAAAAUUGUAAAGAUGCUGACUGGUGUAGCUAUCAUCAAAAUCCAGAGAAAUUUAUGUAUAAAAGUUUACCAAAUGGGAAACCACUCAAGUCUGAAGGGUUAAAGGUUGAAUUGAAUAAUUUAGUGACCAAAAUGAUUGGUAGGAGUAAUUCUUUAAAUGAUCUUGGAUAUACACAGUCAAAUGAAAGCUUUAACCAGCUUGUAUCUGUAAAGGCACCUAAAUCAAGACAUUAUGGUGGAUCAUGCUCACUUCAGAAUAGGCUAUCUGCAGCUGUGCUUCAGAAAAAUGAAGGAUAUGGCUACUUAUCCAAGAUCAAUGAAGCAGCAAACCUCUCUCCAGGGGAAUUUACAAUGGCAAUUUCGGCUGUAAGAGAUAAAAAAACUGGAAAAAAGGAAAGAUAAGAAAAAUUCAAAGGAAUACAAAGUCAACCGUAUACAAAAGAAAAGGAACCGUAAUACAAACGAACGUAAACAUCUUGUGAGAGAGGGUAAAACCUAUGGAUCUCAAAUGGAGUUUGAUCAACAACAGGACCCUGAGCUUACCACAGAAAUUCCUCUUCCGUUCAAUCUUGAUGGCACUGAAUGCAAAGUUUUUUUUGAUUUGGAAACAACCGGCUUGGGAAGGAACAGCGACAUCAUUCAAAUA